GUGAGUAAAGAACUAACCCUGGUUAAGUUAAUUGCUAGGGUUCACCCAGAAGGUGGGAGAGGGGGGCUCUGUUUUGUACUCUCCUUUUCACUUUGGUGGCAUUGUCGACGAAUAUUCGAAUCACAUGAUGAUUCAUAUCCGUUCGUGUAUCAAACUCAUUUCUACUGGCAUGUUGAUUGACUGUGACAACCAAUGGUAUAACGAAAGAAAAAUCUCAACUCCUGGCCUUUAGCACUUGUGCUAGCCCUUUUGCACCAUUCUGCCUUUCCUGAGGAGAAAAGAUAUGUGAAGAUUGAGGGUCAGCAAUAGGAUUCAUGGAAUGCAACAGGGAUGAGGCUAUUAGGGCGAAAACAAUUGCCGAGAAGAGGUUGGCUGAUAAAGAUUUUACCAGUGCAAAGAAAUUUGCAUUAAAGGCCCAAACCCUAUAUCCUGAGCUGGAUGGCAUCGCGCAAAUGUUCACCACUCUUGAUGUGUAUAUAUCUGCAGAAAAGAAGGUAAGUGGGGAAGUGGAUUGGUAUGGGAUUCUCGGUGUAAACCCCUCUGAUGAUGACGACACAAUCAGAAAACAGUACAGGAAGUUGGCUCUCAUACUGCACCCUGAUAAAAACAAAUCUGUUGGUGCAGAUGGUGCAUUUAAACUUCUUUCUGAAGCAUGGAGUUUGUUGUCUGACAAGGCUAAAAGAUUAGCCUAUAACCAUAGGAGGAGUUUGAGCGGUUCUCAGCAGAAAGUGUCAUCUCAAAGUGGGGAUCCAUCAGCAGCCUCUGGUGUAAAUAGCUUUCACAAUUUGGCAACAUCAAAGCCGAAGUCCCGCAGAACCAUCACUACUGCUCGAAUGGGUCCUGCAUCGGUUUUCCCUCCGGUCCCCCCUCCAGCUCCAGAUCCAGAUCCGCCACCAGUUAUUCAUCGGGACGAUACUUUUUGGACUAUUUGCCAUAGAUGCAAGAUGCAUUAUGAAUAUCUCAAGGUAUACCUUAAUCACACCCUCCUUUGUCCCAAUUGUCACGAGCCUUUUCUAGCUAAGGAGACUGCACCGCCGGUUAAUUUUUCCUGGUCAGCUCACCAACAGCAUCAUGAUUUGAGCAUUAGUAGUAAGCCUGCUACCAACCAAUAUAAUCCAAGGAGAAGCCCUGCAGCCGCUCACAACUCUGAAGGAGCUCCAUCUAGUCAUCGUCCAUCCAAUAACACGAAUAGCUUCUUGGGUCCAUUCUCAGGAACAAAUCUUCCCUGUAACACAGAUCCUUCCAUUGCAUUAAAAGCAGCAAAUGUUGUUCAGCGGGUCAACGAGAGAUUGAGAAGAGAUAACACAGAUCCUACUUCCAUUGCAUCAAAAGCAGCAAACAUUGUUCAGCGGGUCAACGAGAAAUUGAGAAGAGAACGUGAAGAAUUGUCUGCUGGAUGGCCCUCAAAAGAUAGAAAAGUGGAUAACAGUGAGCAGUCUUCUUAUAGUACUCCAUAUCAAAUGUCCAUGGGAAACGACACAGGAAAUAUAUCUAGGUUAAGAACCACUGUUUUUGAGACAGAUGGGGCAUAUGGAUUUUAUAGUAUGAGUAACAAGAUAAACAGCACCAGAGAAUUGUCUCCACUUGAAAUUCGAAACAUGCUAAUGCAGAAAGCUCAAAAAGAGAUUUGCAGGAAAAUAAGUGAAUGGCUUUCGGAGGAGGAGGUGGAAGAAAACAAGGCAGAUCAUACAAAAACUUUUACAGGAAGUAAUGGUAACGGUAAUUGCACGUCCUCCAUAAAGAAGGGUUUAUGCCAAACCAUGGAUACGCAGGAGCAUCAAGAACCUGCAAUGAUGGUUCCUGAUCCUGAUUUUCACAAUUUUGACUUGGACCGUACAGAAAAUUCUUUCCAAGAUAACCAGGUGUGGGCUGCCUAUGAUGAUGAAGAUGGGAUGCCACGCUUCUAUGCCUUGGUUCAUAAGGUGUUAUCAAGGAAUCCGCUUAAGAUGAAAAUCAGUUGGCUAAACUCAAAGACAACCACUGAAUUCGGCCAAAUAGACUGGAUAGGUUGUGGUUUCCGGAAGACAUGUGGGGAAUUUAGAGUUGGGAGGCACGAAUUCUACAAGUCUCUAAAUUCAUUCUCUCAGAAGGUUGAGUGGACCAAAACCCCACGAGGGAGUGUUCUCAUAUACCCGAGAAAGGGGGAGGUGUGGGCCCUGUACCGAAAUUGGUCACGUGAUUGGAAUGAACAUAUUCCAGAUAAUGUGAUCCAUCAGUAUGAAAUGGUGGAAGUAGUCGACGACUAUAAUGAAGAACAAGGUGUGGCGGUUAGUCCACUUGUGAAGUUUGCUGGAUUUAGGACGGUAUUUCAUCCACGGACUGAGCAGAGUGAAGUGAAGAAGAUAUUAAAAGAAGAAAUGUUUCGAUUCUCGCAUCAAGUUCCGAAGUACUUGCUGACAGGUGAAGAAGCCCACAACUCUCCAAAGGGUUGCCUGGAACUGGAUCCAGCAGCUACCUCGGUGAAUGAAGCCUGAAAAUAGUGAAUACAUAGACCAAGAAAAUGGACAGACUAAUAACAUAGCCCUAGUGAAGGUAAGAAAUCUCUUCUAUAUUUGCUUGCUUUUAGAGCAUUUUGUGUCCUUUUAUGAUCAAUCCCUAAAUCAGGACUAACCACCCCUCAUUUAUUCUUGUUCAGUAGAAAGGUUGAAGCACUUUCUAGUUUUGGUAAGAACUUGCUAUCUAAUUAACUUGGUUCUUUUCUACAUCAACUUCGGAUAAUAGGUUCUAAGAAAUGAUUGAUCUAGCAAGUCCAAGAGCUGUCAUGAUCGCCAUUCGCCGAUUUGUCAAAACCCAGCAUGCAUGCCAAAUUGGUACAAAAAUGAGAAUGACUUCAGUAUUGGGUCAAUUUCUAGGACAGGUUCCAUCUCAUGGACUUUGUGAUGUAGGUUGGGAUGAGUUUCAUGACCGGUUUCGAUACGAUUCUGGGUCAUUCAUGACUCAUGGGUUUUUGUUAAUAUAGAUAAGAAAAUGUAUUAAGAACUGGCUGAUUCUUUUAUAACGGUGGUUGUUCAGAACAGCUGGUGUGCAACUCAGCACCGUAAUUUGACAAGCCUUUGCGGCGAAUGGUUGGUACU